CCGCUGGAGAAAGUAACUAGUCUGUUAGCGCCUUGUAGCUACCAGUUCGUCUGACGGACUCAACACCGAAUUUCAGGAAGGGAUUAUAUUUCUGAUUACACCGAAAAUGCAGUCAGAGAAAACACCGACGAGAAAGAGUCUGAAACCACUGUUAGAGAAGCGUCGUCGCGCGCGCAUCAACAGUUGUCUCGAAGAGCUGAAGACCAUCAUCCUCGACGUCAUGGAGUCGGACGACGGCUGUAAGAGUUCGAAACUCGAGAAAGCUGACAUCCUAGAGCUGACUGUCAGUUAUCUAAAGAGACUACGGAAAAACAAGCAAGGAGAUUUUUCCUUGAUUCCCAGAACCCCAAGGACGCCACAAUCUCCCCCUACUUACGCGGACGGGUACGAACAUUGCGCCAAAGAAAUUAACGCCUACCUUCACCACCAGGGAAUUAAACCAGAACACAGACUUCAGAUGCUUGACCACCUCGCCAACAGCAUGCAGCCACCGACCUCGCCUGCCCGCUCGGCGUCCCCUGAUUCUACUGGUCAGUUCUCAAGAGUGACCAUCUCUGCGUCUCCUCACUCUCCCGUUGGCCAAGGGUUAGAUUUAUCGCUCCGAGCGGGCUACAGCAACGUGUUCAAUCUCACACCAAAUAGUGCGCAAACCAAACGCCAACUAAAAAUUACGACCUCGCCAAUAAUCUACGACGACAAUCAGUGUUUAUCUCCCACGCUUUCUUCUCCUUCCUCUUCUGCGUCUUCCUCGCCGACACAAACGCCAGGGCGCCAUUACGAUUUUGGAGGCCAUUUUUUCGGUCAACGUAACAACUCAAAUCAACAGGUGAGCCAAGAGAUGUGGAGACCCUGGUGAUUUUUUACAAACUAUGACGAUACAUUGACAUUUCAUCGCAUCGAUCUCAUAGCUGACUUUAUUCACUGUUUCACUAACUUCGCACAAAAGACAAUAAAAAUUCUAUUUCACCAGGUGACGAUACAGUUUUCGUCAAUAAACAAAGGACAUUACUACAUUGCCAUGAUUAAAAUUCAGAUUAAAUAUAACAUAUUAUUUUCCAUUUGGCAAAUAGAUAUUUUAUUUCCUUGUGAAUGUGAGCGAAAACACAACGAAUAAAGAAAACAUUCUUGCCGUAAAUAUUCAAAAUAACAAUCAG